AGCAAAGUGCAGACACGGAUUUUUGAAUUCUUGAAGCUCCGUCGCUUUGAGCGAGGAAUUAAGAACAAUAAAGAAAAGCAUGCACGUCGCCCCUCUAAAAGUUAAAGAAAGCCGAAGACAAACAAAGCGUACCAACACCAAUCCAAGACCAAGAGAGAAAGAAACAUAGAGAGGGAGAGAGAGUCAGAAACACGUACACAAUAAAUAAAGAGAGAAAAACUGAUAGAGGGGAUAUCGACCAGACCGAUCCAGCUAGCGAGAUAUCAUGUACAGGUUCAGUAAUACAGUGAUAGGGUUCUUGAACCUAUUCACGCUAUUGGCAUCGAUCCCCAUAAUCGGGGCGGGGCUGUGGAUGGCGAGGAGCAGCACCAGCUGCGAGAGCUUCCUGCAGACGCCGCUGCUGGUGGUGGGGUUCGUGGUGAUGGUGGUGUCGCUGGCGGGGUUCAUCGGCGCCUGCUUCAACGUGGCCUGGGCCCUGUGGGUGUACUUGGUGGUCAUGCUCCUCCUCAUCGGCACCCUUCUCGGUCUCACCAUCUUCGGCUUCGCCGUCACCGCCCGCGGAGGCGGCGUGGAGGUUCCCAGCCGCAACUACAGGGAGUACAGGCUGGAGGACUACUCGCCGUGGCUGCGGAGCAGGGUGAAGAACCCCCGGUACUGGGACACCGUCAGGCGGUGCAUUUUGGGGUCCAACACUUGUUCCGCAAUUGCUCUUUGGACGCCCCUUGACUAUCUCCAGAGAGACAUGUCUCCCAUUCAGUCAGGGUGCUGCAAGCCGCCGACGGCGUGCAGCUAUGGGGCGGCGGCAAUGAUGGGUCAGGACCCGGAUUGCUACCGGUGGAGCAACUCGCCAGAGAUGCUGUGCUACGAGUGCGACUCAUGCAAGGCGGGGGUGCUAGAAGACAUGAGAAGCAAGUGGCACAAGGUGUCCGUCCUCAUCAUCGUCAUGCUCGUCUUCCUUAUUGGCAUUUACUCCAUUGGGUGCUGUGCGUUCAGGAACACCAGAAGAUCCGAAACCGAUUACCCGUAUGGAGAGAACCGCAUGACCAAGGUCCGACCCAGAUGGGAUUACUAUUGUUGGAGAUGGUUGUAUGACAGAAAAGAAUGGCUUUAUUAACUCAUGGAGCGUUUUGGUGUUUCAAUUCUCAGUUUGUAACAUCUUUUGUACCCCAAAGAUGGAACAAUUCUAUUGUUUUUCAGAGUAUGGUCAUUGAGGCUUUUAAGGCCUUCUUUAUUUGUUGCAGAGAAGUGUUGCUUUUGUACACAAAAAAAAGAAAGAAAAAAAUUUACUUUAUCUCAAGGGCAUAUAAUAUACGUGGUAUUUCUUA